AUGGAGGUCACGACUCCUGGGAGCCACGACUCCGUGAAGCUGAUCAAGUUCGCGGACGACACCACCCUCAUUGGACUCAUCUCCAACAACGAUGAGUCCGCCUACAGGAGGGAGGUGGACCGGCUGGUGUCCUGGUGCAGUGGUAACAACCUGGAGCUGAACGCCCAGAAGACAGUGGAGAUGAUUGUGGACUUCAGGAAGAGCACUGUCCCCCCGCCCCCACCCUCCGUGAUGGACUCCCCCAUCACCUCUGUGGAGUCCUUCCGUUUCCUGGGCACCACCAUCACCCAGGACCUCAAGUGGGAGCCGACCAUCAGCUCCCUCAUCAAGAAGGCCCAGCAGAGGAUGUACUUCCUGCGGCAGCUCAGGAAAGCCAAGCUGCCUGCACAGAUGUUGGUGCAGUUCUACACGGCCAUCAUCGAGUCCAUCCUCACCUCCUCCAUCACCGUGUGGUUCGCUGGAGCCACAGUCAGGGACAAACAGAGACUACAGCGCAUUGUGCGCUCUGCAGAGGAAGUGAUCGGCCGCAGCCUUCCAUCGCUGCAGGACCUCCUCUCAGUGUGGGUCUUGAGGAGUGUUGUGUACCUCCUCCUCAGCCUCUCAGUGUGGGUCUUGAGGAGUGUUGUGUACCUCCUCCUCAGCCUCUCAAUGUGGGUCUUGAGGAGUGUUGUGUACCUCCUCCUCAGCCUCUCAGUGUGGGUCUUGAGGAGUGUUGUGUACCUCCUCCUCAGCCUCUCAGUGUGGGUCUUGAGGAGUGUUGUGUACCUCCUCCUCAGCCUCUCAGUGUGGGUCUUGAGGAGUAUUGUGUACCUCCUCCUCAGCCUCUCAGUGUGGGUCUUGAGGAGUGUUGUGUACCUCCUCCUCAGCCUCUCAGUGUGGGUCUUGAGGAGUGUUGUGUACCUCCUCCUCAGCCUCUCAGUGUGGGUCUUGAGGAGUGUUGUGUACCUCCUCCUCAGCCUCUCAGUGUGGGUCUUGAGGAGUGUUGUGUACCUCCUCCUCAGCCUCUCAGUGUGGGUCUUGAGGAGUGUUGUGUACCUCCUCCUCAGCCUCUCAGUGUGGGUCUUGAGGAGUGUUGUGUACCUCCUCCUCAGCCUCUCAGUGUGGGUCUUGAGGAAUGUUGUGUACCUCCUCCUCAGCCUCUCAGUGUGGGUCUUGAGGAGUGUUGUGUACCUCCUCCUCAGCCUCUCAGUGUGGGUCUUGAGGAGUGUUGUGUACCUCCUCCUCAGCCUCUCAAUGUGGGUCUUGAGGAGUGUUGUGUACCUCCUCCUCAGCCUCUCAGUGUGGGUCUUGAGGAGUGUUGUGUACCUCCUCCUCAGCCUCUCAGUGUGGGUCUUGAGGAGUGUUGUGUACCUCCUCCUCAGCCUCUCAGUGUGGGUCUUGAGGAGUGUUGUGUACCGCUCCUGUUGUGGGUCUUGA